AAGUGACGCCACAGCUUCGCGCCGGAAGUGGCGCUCUAGCGUUGCGCAGCCCGCGGAGUUCAGAGUCCGCCGUCAUGGCGGGGUCCGGGGGGUCGAGCUGCACGAUGGAGUUCGCCGUGCAGAUGAGCUGCGAGAGCUGCGCCGAGGCCGUGCGGGCGGCGCUGGAGGGCGCCCCAGGUGUGCGGCUGCUGGAGCUGCGCCCCGAGGCGCAGACAGUGCUGCUGGAGGCCGAGGUGGGGGCCGAGCGCGUGCGGGAGCUGCUGGAAGCCAGCGGGCGCCGUGCGGUGCUGCGGGGCAUGGGGGGCCCUAGGGACGCCGGCGGUCCCCCGGGGGGUGACACGGCGGCGGUGGCGGCACUGUCCGGCGGCGGUGGCGGCGGCGGCGUGCGGGGUUUGGUGCGUUUCCUGCAGGUGUCCCCCGAGCGCUGCGUGGUGGACGGGGUCAUCGAUGGGCUGCGGCCCGGCCCCCACGGGCUGCACGUGCAUGAGUUUGGGGAUACGUCCCAGGGAUGCGACAGGUGUGGGACAUCAUCGGGCGCUCAGUGGUGGUGGACGCGGGUGAGGACGACCUGGGCCGGGGCGGCCACGCGCUGUCCAAGCUGACGGGGAACUCGGGGCCGAGGUUGGCCUGUGGCGUGGUGGCGCGGGCGGCCGGGCUCUUCCAGAACCCCAAACAGCUCUGCACCUGCGACGGCCUCACGCUGUGGGACGAGCGCGACCGGGCCGCGGCCUCCAGCCCCACAGCGGCCCCCA